AUGCGUUCUAAUUCAAAAUCUUUAAUGAAAUAUUAUCAUAGAACUGGAUGCUUGUUCAACUUGAAAACAUUUGGGGAUGCCAUGCUGCGGAGAACGAUGUUUGGAAUGUGUCACAAUCGAUUCUGGUACUUCGUUUUCACAUUAUCUUUUUCGUGGGUAUUCUUUCUUUACUUGUUUAGAUCUUCUAUGAUGGUUAGCCCCAAGAAUCAUAAUGUCACCUUGUUAGGCGACAAUGGCGAUGCCAGUUUUGUUGAUUACCAAGCGUUUCGUUCUUCUCUUCGUUUGCAUGAAAUCCCUACUGCAGAUAUUCAUAAUAUAAGUGGUGAUGAACCCUCUAACGAUACAAAAAACUCAAGUAGUCCUUAUGAAUAUUUAUCCAUGAAGACGAGUGACUGGGUUAAAAUUGCUGAUGAAGUUUUUGCGUCUCUGGUAAAAGAAGACGGCAAUAAAGAGAUUGAAACUCAACCUAUUGAGAAAGCUAGGGGCCGAAAGAUUGAGAAGAAAUCUAGCAAAAAGAAACAGGAUAAACCGGUUAAAUCAUCUCGGAUUGUGAACGAAACAACUAAACCAGUUGCCGAAGAAUUACCUGAAAGAAAGAAUGAGCCAGAAAUUGAAUUAGAUUUUGAAGCCUGUAAGGGUCGAUUCAUUUAUAUUCCUCGUAUUCCGAGGAGAUUCAAUGAAGACUUGCUGAGGCAUUGUGAUUCACUUAGUUUUUGGUGUAAUAUGUGUGAGUUCAUAUCAAACAAGGGUCUUGGUCCUCGUCUUCGAAAUUCUGAGAAAAUUUAUUCAAACACAGGAUGGUUUGCCACGAACCAAUUCAUGUUAGAGGUGAUUUUCCACAACAGAAUGAAACAGUACAAGUGUUUGACAAGUAACUCAUCUUUGGCUUCAGCAAUCUUUCUUCCAUACUACCCUGGACUCGAUCUCAAUCGAUACCUUUGGUACAAGAAUACUAUGAAAAUGAAAGACAUUGAGGCCCUUGAAUUUGUCAAGUGGCUGAGGAGAAGACCUGAGUGGAAAAGAAUGCAUGGUAGAGAUCAUUUUUUGGUUGGAGGAAGAGUCUCUUGGGAUUUCUUGAGAGCAACGAAGAAUGACUCUGAUUGGGGUAACAGGCUUUUGCGUUUGCCUCAAACUAGGAACAUGACAAUGUUGGUGAUUGAGUCAAGUCCUUGGAACAAUAAUGACUUUGCAAUACCAUAUCCAACAUACUUUCAUCCUUCAAAUGACAGUGAAGUCUUGCAAUGGCAAAACAGAAUGAGGGAACAGGAGAGGCCUUUUCUGAUUUCUUUCGUGGGCGGUAAAAGAUCCAAUUCGCAUAAUUCAAUAAUCCGAAAUGAAGUCAUUGAUCAGUGUCGUGCCUCUUGGAAAUGUAGGCUUAUGGAAUGUAGUAAAAGACAGAACUUGUGCUACGAGCCAAUCCAGGUUAUGAAGAUGUUUCAAAGUUCUGUGUUUUGCUUACAGCCUGAAGGGGAUUCAUACACCAGAAGAUCAACUUUUGAUUCCAUUUUGGCUGGAUGCAUUCCUGUUUUCUUCCAUCCUGGUUCUGCUUAUGUACAAUAUACAUGGCACUUACCAAAGGAUUAUACUAAAUAUUCUGUGUUCAUACCGGACAUUGAUGUAAAGAAUGGCAAAGUUAGCAUUGAAAGUAUACUGGAUAAAAUUCCAGAAGAGAAGGUAUCAGCAAUGAGAGAGGAGGUGAUAAGGCUGAUACCAAGGGUGAUAUAUGCUGAUCCAAACGGUAGAUUGGAGAGCCUUGAAGAUGCAUUUGAUAUCACAGUAAAGGGUGUUCUUGAUAGAGUUGAGAAGAUCCGGAAGGAAAUGAAUGAGGGUAAGAAUUUGAGUACUGACAUAGCAGAGAGAUUUGCUUGGAAGUAUAAUUUGUUUGGGACAGUAGGGAAACAUGAAUGGGAUCCUUUCUUUGUACAACCAGAAUAAUAUGAAUAUGAGCAGUCGGAGGAGAGUUAA